CGACAAGCAAAGAGCCCGCAGUCGACAUCUGGAGGAGCAACAGGAGUGCUCUCUCCAAAAAUUUCCGAGAUCAAAAUGGCGUACAACAACCGAAUGAGCCAGCAGUUCAACAGAAACCAGCAACACCAGGGCAGAGGUCGGAAGAAAGAGGAUGACAAUGAUGCUUUGAUGCGCCUGCCCGAUAAAGAAAUUGCAGGAUGUAUUAACGAUAUCGGAAUCCCGUUCAACACCGCUGACCUGGUUAAGCCGAAUCCACAACAAAUCCAGAUGGUGAUGGAAUGGUUUGCGGAGCUCCUGAUGAACAUCACUCGCGAGACGGUUGAGCCUGCUAUGCGCGCAGCGGCGGACGACAUUGGUGGUGAUUAUCCGGAUCUUGUCCCGAAUGAUACGCGAAAUCUCAUGGGUUUCUUUAUUAGCUUACGGAGACUGAUGAUGGAGUGCGGUGUCAACGAUUUCACAUUUUCAGACCUAACAAGACCUACGCAUGACCGACUCAUCAAGAUCUUCUCAUAUCUCAUUAAUUUUGUUAGAUUUCGCGAGUCGCAAACAGCCGUCAUCGAUGAACACUUCAACAAAUCAGAAAAGACAAAAGCGCGCAUUGAUACCCUAUACGUGGAGAAUCAGGAAAUGGAGCAACGCCUCGAAGAAAUGCGGCGGGGUCUCAAGGCCAACGAAGGGCAAGUGAAGGAAAAAGUCAGGCGGAAUGAUGAGCUCAAAUCACGACUGCUCGAAUUGAGACGAAACCAAGAACGGGUCGCGGAGGCUCUGGAACGGGCCAAGGCCGACAAAGGAAGGCGUCAAACCUCGUUGGAAGAGAAGACCGAGAAGGUCGUGCGCAGUCGACAAGAAGUUGAGAAGCUCCGGCCAUAUGUUCUGGAAAGCCCAGCCACGCUUCAGUCUUCGUUGGGUGAAUUGUCGGAGAAUUUGAUGCGUGAUAAGGCUCAAAUAGAUGCGAUGGAAAGAAGAGCGCGUGCUUUACAGACCUCUUCGGACACGUUUACAGUUGUGGGGAACGAUGUGCAGGCGUGCGUCAAGUUGCUUGAGGACAUCGCCGUGGAGCUGCAGAAAGAGGAGGAUGAGGAGUUAAGAGCUUCACGAAACAGGGAAGCUAUUUCGGAACGGGGGAACAAUGUCAGAGAAGUGGAGCAAACAGAGAAGUUGCUGCAGCGCCAACUUGCACGGUGGAAUGAGCGGAUCGAAGCAUUGCGCAAAAAUGCCCAAGAAAAGGCAGAAGCGGCACAAGCGCAAAUGGAGGAGCUCCGGAACGUCCAGAAGCAGCUCCGUGAAGAGCGUGCGGAGAAACAACGUGACAUGGAGAGGAGAAGAAUCCGGAUAGAGCAGACAGAGAAAAAGAUGGCCGAUCUCAAAGAGAACAUUGAAAAUGAGAUUCAAAGUGCUCAUGAUCAAUAUCUGAAGCUAGAGUCGCACAUCAAGCUGUAUGUCACGGAGAUGGAGAAAUGUCUGUGAAGGCAGAAAGUCCAAUGGAUCAUGAUUCAAGGAGUUCAAGGGUUGGUUCUAGGAUACCCGGGCGGUUGGUUUAGGGAGUUCUGUGCAUGUUUUUCCUGGCUUGACGUUUUCAUUCUCCGUUAUUGUUGUUGUCUAUAUAUGUUCCUGUCAUCAUCGAAUUCAAACCAUCGUUGUGCGACCUUUUUUACAGGCACUCUCGAAGUGUUUUCUUCUGCCACAAUCCGAGCAGUUCCGUUCAGCAAUGGCACUUUCGUGUUCCAUAAUGCUUCGCCAUGUUCAUCGUUGGCG